AUGAAACCAACAAGUGUUCUACAAGGUGGAUAUUGUCAUCCUUUGACUCGAAACCUUCAAGCUGAAAGAUCUUUAACUAAAGAUAUGUUAAUGUAUCCUAUCUUUGUUACUGAUGAUCCAGAUGCAGAAGUUCCUAUAAACGCUUUACCUGGUCAAAAAAGAUGGGGAAUCAAUAAACUUGAAAACUUUCUUAAUCCAUUAAUUCAAAAAGGUCUUAAAUCGGUCAUUCUGUUUGGUGUACCCAUGAAUUGUAUAAAAGAUCAAAGAGGUAGUUCAGCUGAUGAUCCAUCAGGUCCAGUGAUCCAAUCCAUUCGAUUACUCAAAACGAAAUUCCCUUCACUCUUUAUAGCUUGUGAUGUAUGUCUAUGUGAAUAUACUGAUCAUGGACACUGUGGAUUCUCCAUGACAUUCAACACACCUGCUCAAAUCGAUACAAAUCUUUCGGUUCAACGGAUCACCCAAGUCGCUUUGAAUUAUGCAAAGGCUGGAGCCGAUUGUGUGGCUCCUAGUGAUAUGAUGGAUGGUAGGAUCGGGUCUAUUAAAGAAGCUUUGAUUCAGGCUGGGCUGGGGAAUAAGUGUUGUUUGAUGUCUUAUUCUGCUAAAUUCGCUUCUAGUUUAUAUGGUCCUUUUAGAGAAGCUGCUGGAUCUGCUCCAUCUUUUGGUGAUCGUAAAUGUUAUCAACUUCCACCAAAUGCACGUGGAUUAGCACGUCGAGCAAUAAUUCGAGAUGUAUCAGAAGGAGCCGAUAUAAUCAUGAUCAAACCAGCUUUACCAUAUCUAGAUAUAAUUUCAGAAGCAAGACAAAUCGCUCAAGAUCAUCCAUUAGCAUGUUAUCAAGUUUCAGGUGAAUAUGCUAUGAUUCAUUCAGGUGCUCAACAAGGAAUUUAUGAUUUGAAAUCAAUGGUCUUUGAAUCUAUCAAUGGAAUGUUGAGGGCUGGAUCUACACUUGUUUUGAGUUAUUUUACUCCUGAUUUGUUGGUUUGGUUAGAUGAAGAAAGUGUUUGAAGGUUGGGUUCUUGGUAGAUCUUUAUAACAUCAUCUUUCUUAUAUCUUGAGCUUGUUUGGCUUUGUUAUGAAAGAUACAAAUUAUUUGUCCUCGUAUAUAAUAUAGCUGCAUUCUUUGUGAGCAAUUAUAUUGAUGUUUCUCAAUUGC